CGCAAAGUCAACAAGAAAGAAGUCUCUGAUAUACCAAGCCCUUUUCUUGUCUUUAUUGUACUCUUAUUUUCUCUCUCUCUCUAGCAUUGCAAAAAGACUCCCCUAAAGCGGUCAGAAAAUCAUCGUAAUACAAACAAGAAACCAGCCUUUCCUCACCAAACAAUAACCACAAGGAAGCUAAACCCAUUUUGAGCUGUUAAUUGGAUAGUUCAGAGGUUUGAAAUUCGAUGGUUCAGAUACUGGAUUUGGGGAGGUGGAAUCUUGAAUAUUGAAAGCGGAUGGUGGUAAUUUAAUUGAACAAGUUGGAGGCGGUGUGCAUAGUCCUGUUUCUAUGGAUAUGUUUUGCUGUUUUAGUCCUUCCUACUCUCAGCUUGUAGGUGGGCGAUCGUCAUCUAGCUCUGGUAAGGGGAAAAAUCAUGAGGGUUUGAUCAAGUAUGGUUUCAGCCUAGUAAAAGGGAAAGCUAAUCAUCCAAUGGAGGAUUAUCAUGUUGCCAAGUUUGUGCAGAUUCAAGGACAUGAAUUAGGGCUUUUUGCUAUUUAUGAUGGUCAUUUGGGAGACAGUGUGCCUGCAUACCUACAGAAGCAUUUGUUUUCCAAUAUUCUAAAGGAGGAAGAGUUUUGGGUUGACCCCAACAGAUCUAUCUCAAAAGCCUAUGAGAGGACUGACCAGACAAUUCUCUCUAAUAGUUCUGACUUGGGGCGAGGAGGUUCUACAGCUGUGACUGCAAUCUUGAUAAAUGGUAAGAGACUAUGGGUAGCUAAUGUUGGAGAUUCAAGAGCAGUUCUUUCAAGAGGGGGGCAAGCAAGACAAAUGACCACAGAUCAUGAACCCAACACUGAACGAGGCAGCAUAGAGAACAAAGGUGGCUUUGUCUCAAACAUGCCAGGAGAUGUUCCUAGAGUUAAUGGACAGCUGGCAGUUUCUCGUGCUUUUGGAGACAAGAGCCUUAAAUCACAUCUGCGAUCUGAUCCUGACAUACAAGAAACAGACAUAGAUAACAAUACCGAAGUUCUUGUACUUGCAAGCGAUGGUCUUUGGAAGGUUAUGUCAAAUCAAGAGGCUGUUGAUAUUGCAAGGAGGAUCAAAGACCCACUGAAAGCAGCUAAGCAGUUAACAGCAGAGGCAUUAAAAAGAGAAAGUAAAGAUGACAUAUCUUGUGUUGUUGUUAGAUUUAGGGGGUAGAAAUCUUUGAAACAAAUCAUUGUUAUCCAGGUGCCAGGAUAUACCUAUUAUAAGAAGAGUUUCUUUACACCGGUUACCAGUUUGUGGAUCAGACAAAUGGAUAAUACAUACUUGGCUGGGAUACUCCUCGGGUUCUCCAGUGGUUUGGAAUUUGCUGAAGGAAAGAGAAGAUUAGAAAGGAUCCCCCAUUGUAAAAUUAUUUUAUUGAUUAGGUUCUGGUGUUUGAUAUUGUUUGAUUUCCUUGUGGAAGUGGUUUAGAACAUCUGGUGUAUAUUGUCUUCUAUUCUCUGCCCAGAAAACCUUUCAUGUAUCUUUGUUCUGAUGAAGAAUAUGGUCUUGAUUGCGAUUGGAGGAUUUUCA